UCACAGUGUAUGAUUGACUGUUAUCUAUAUGUUUAAACUUAUGUGUGUUUUGCAGAGUAAAACUGAUUGCAUGUAGAGGAAAUGAUGGAAUCCCAACCAACCAAGCACAUAUAUACGAUUUGUGUGAGAAAUAUUAUAUGUGUCAAAAUCAAACUUAAGGCAUUUUUCACAGUGCAGUGCGAGAUAUUUCCCCCUGAAUACAGGUGGCGCAUAACACGUUGCGGUCCUAUUCUCCACUCAAAGAUGAGAAAUGGCUGACAACAAGUACACCAAAAGACGAUUGCAACUGAAUGAGAGAGAAUUUGAGGACUACACUCCUGAUGAGGGGGGACCCCCCGAUGUUCAGAUAGCUAAAGUGACAUCAUCAGAAUCUGAGGAAAAUCACUCAGGGCCAAAGUCUGUGAACAAAAACAGGGAUGCAGAUGAUGAGAAGAGGUCUGCAGCAGAGAUUCUUUACCAGAGAUCACAAGGAGUCAGUGGUCUCCCAACAGCACCCAUUCCUCAGCAACCAUUACCAGGUCAAAGCCUCGCCCAUUCCAUGGCACAGUCAUCGUUUAGCCUCCCUGUACAACAGCAGAUGCCACCCCCGCUGUCUCUAACAUUCCAGAAGCCACCACAGCUAAUUCCUCAGCAACCAUUACCAAGUCAAAGCCUUGCCCAUUCCAUGGCACAGUCAUCGUUUAGCCUCCCUGUACAACAGCAGAUGCCACCCCCGCUGUCUCUAACAUUCCAGAAGCCACCACAGCUAAUUCCUCAGCAACCAUUACCAAGUCAAAGCCCUGCCCAUUCCAUGGCGCAGUCAUCAUUUAGCCUCCCUGUACAACAGCAGAUGCCACCCCCACUGUCUCUAACAUUCCAGAAGCCACCACAGUCAAUUCCUCAGCAACCAUUAUCAAGUCAAAGCCUUGCCCAUUCCAUGGCGCAGUCAUCAUUUAGCCUCCCUGUACAACAGCAGAUGCCACCCCCGCUGUCUCUAACAUUCCAGAAGCCACAACAGCUAAUAAUGGGAGCUGUAGCACAACCACAAAUAAACACACUUCAAAACAGCAUUACCAUGGCCAUCAAUCAGUUUCUGGUCCAGGCUAGGCAGACCGACUCAGCUGGCAAAAUUCCAGAGGAUCCUUGUGUAGUGUCCUCCAGCAGUGAAUCCAACAGUGACUCAGACAGUGAGGAAUAUGAAGACUCUCCGAAUCUUCAAACUUCCACUUUUAAAAAAAAACAGGAUGAUCAUAGACUUAAAAUAGAGCAGGAACGACUUCUUGUUAAGAAUAAUAUUAUGAAAUUGUUGGAUUCUCACCCAAAUGGCAUCAAAGAGACUGAGAUUUGGAGAUUUUAUUUUGAAAAAUUCAAGGAGCAACCAAACAAAGCAAAAGUUGGACUUUCAAAGCUCACAAAUCUGUUAGGUUAUUUCAGUGAUGUAAUAGAAGAAUUUCAGGAUGGAAAUGGAAUUCCCUACAUCAGAAAAAUUAGAAGAGCACCAAGUUUUUCCAGGAAUCGAUUGACCCCUGGGUCAUCAGGGAGAAACACCCCAGUGAUAGACCUGACAAAGGAUGAGCCAGUCCCAAAACGUGGCAGUCUGGUGGGCCUGACGGAAGACCAGGGUCCCUCUGGUUUCAUCCCUCUUUCAUCUGCUCAACCUACACAGAGAAGACUUACUCACCCAGGAGAAUUUCAGGUACAGUCUGCAUACUUUCAACUUCAGCAGAUGCCAGGAUUUAUUCCCACAAGUGGUCCUCCACAAGAUUCUUCUCUGGCAGUGUGCCAGCUAGUGAUCAGACCAGUCAGUCUCAGGAAGUUUGAACAAAAGGAAACUCACCUGCCAAAAGUAUGGAAUAAUGAUAGGUAUGGCCGGUUCUCUCAGAGCCAGAUUGAAAUGGUCGCAAAGGAGUGCAUUGAGGCCCUAGCAGAAGCAGACGAACAUGUGAGUGUGGAGAGAGUGGAAAGUUCGAUGCUGCAAAGGCUUGGAAGACAAAACAUAGCAGAAUUGGGUCACUGGCGUUAUGCCAACCAAAUACCCUGUCUUUUUGAACAUACUAAAAUGCUAUGCAAGAUCAAUGCAUAUAUCCAGGCCUUCCUGAAUACGCGAUCUAUUUGUACUCUUCAUGAACUGAAGAUAUGCAUGGCUGAAUUUGCUCCAGAUAAAGACAGCUUUGAAGCUUUACAAGUUGGUCCCCUACAAAGACUUCCACUUAUAUAUAACAGUUUCAAGUUUCCAACAGACAUGGCCGAUAUUCCAGAAAUCACAACCUCUGAUAUUUUCGAGAAUUUACGAAAUUACUUAAAUAAGUAUCAGAGGUGGAGUACCAAACUGGAGAUGGAGCAUUUCAUGGAAUACUUAGUGGAGACAUAUCAAGUGGAGAAUGCGUACAUUCUUGGGGUUAGAAUCCGUAGUCUGCCACUGACCAUGCAGGUAUUGAAGAAAUCUCAGCGAGAUGCUGCUGGAACACGAAGAAAAGUAACGGAGGACACAAAGGAAGCACUGAAACAGGAGGUUGAGCAGCUGUUCAACAGAUUCAAGGCUGUACUGAUGAACAAAAGAGGAGAUGGACAAGGGCAGAUUAGGCAACACUAUCUGAAGAUGAGGCCCGUGGAGGCUCUGAAGGAAAUCUUUGAUAAAUACCGCACCCUCUGCUGUUCAGUGGAGGCCCCAACAUCUCGGAUGGAGAUGCGAAACUUCACCAGGUUCACAGACACCAUUAAUGGCUUCUUGCAGGCAGUCACCUCGGAUAGCUUCGGUCGUAACCUGUUUCACAUCGCCAUCUGUAUCAGUCAGACAGAAGUAGAGGCUGUUCACAGACAGUUCUUGACUGAAGCGACUAAGCCGAAGGAGGUACCUGUUACUGUGAAAAAGAAACCUCCACCUACAAAAGAAUCUGUUGUCAGACUCCUGAAGACUUACCUUGACAAAUGUCAGAGCCAUGGUGUGCUUACACUGAAAACUUUGGAUCACAUUGAGGAGAGAAUGGUGGACCAUUUUGAAUUUGAUUCAUUUCUGGCUAUGGGAUAUGGACGCUUCUUGGAAUUUCUUCAGAAGGAGGCCAAACAAGAACUAGAUGAUUGUGGGGGGACCAGUUUAGGGUCCGGCGGGGGUCACAGUGAUGCUGCUGGAGGAUAUCUGCCAACACUUACUCAUGUCCUGGAGUUUAUCCAUCAGUGUAAACAGGCAAACCUCACACAUGAGGAGAUGAUACAAGAGGCAUUAUGUCACCAGUUUUCUGUAAAAGAUGUCAAGCAACUUGGGCAUGGCACUGCUUCACGCUUGAUUGGAUUGGCUGACCGUCCAGGGAGACACGUGACUAAUCAGCACUGUGUGAUGUAUGAAGCAGCUGUAAUUCCCCUAGAGAGCUUUGAGGUGAAAGGUCAGACUGGAAUUCUGGGACACCAGACAAAAGAGGCUGCCCUGGCUUGCUUGGAUAACUGCCCUUUGUUGGAGAACAUGGCUGAGUGGAGUCAAUGGAGUCAGGUGUUUGAACCACAGCUGGGAAAGUUACGAGAUUUCAUCCAGAAAUAUGGAGAAUGUCAACAUUGGCCAAUAGAGGGUGGAUCCAAAGUAAUGAACACAGAUUUUAUAGCUUUGGAGAGCUCCCCUGGGGAGUACCUAAAGCUGGUCAGUAGUACCUCCCCCGAGAAGUUCUGUGCAUCCGUCCAGGGGAGGGUACCACGUGAUGUCAGUGGACAUCUGAUGUCAAUGGUGGUCUGGAACAAAGGCGUGGAUAACAUCCCUGUAGCUCUGCUGGCCAAUCAUGUUCGGGAGGAAUUGUUCAAAAUGCAUGGGGAGGCCUCAAAAGACUGUGUGCCAGGAGCACCAUCUGGUUGUCAGCCCGGGGAGGCCGCUGUUCAUUUUGUUCGGGACUGCUUGUUGACUUUACCUGUCAAAACCUGUGCGAUCCUGGCUUCUCAGAUGUUCCUGGAACCGCUAGGCCAGGUAAUCGGACAAUCCAAAUCAAAGACCAUGCUUCUCCAGUCAUGUGUAACUGUGUCUCAAUUAAACCGUCUGCAGCAGCUGGGCUGUCUGUUGGGUGUAGCUGAGUGGAUGGACAGUAUUCAAGGCCGAUGUCGACCAACACCCACUUCUCUAGAGGAGGUGGCUCCAGAGUUUGCAGAGGAGUUCUUCAAAGAUGAACCUGAGAUUAUAGAGGACAGUGAGGAUGAGGACAAUUCAUUAACCUCGUACUUAUCAGAUGUGGAGGUUGAGGCAGAGUUCAAAGUUCAGGAGGAAAAAGAGAUGAUUGUUGUUGAUGAGUGUACAGAGCUUGAGGAGGAUAAGGAAAAGAAAGAGUCCAGCAUUGAUCUCACGUUAAAGUCAGACAGUCCUAUUGACCUUCUCUCGCCUGAGGACAAUGAAAGCAAGGUGCCAUCAUCAGUAACCAUGGAGACGGACUUAGAGCAGGCUUGUCGGGAGAUUGUGGACCGGAUUAGACGGGACGAGUUUGGGAUUGGGGUGGAGCUGAAUGAAGAUGGACAGCGGCUGAUGAGAGUCCAGCAAGAGAGGCUUGGCCGAAGUCUGGACAGGCUGUCCAAAGACCUGUACAGCAAGGACACACACUUUGUUCUCGAGCUGAUACAGAAUGCUGACGACAACAGCUACCCAGAUGACUUACAGAAGAAUGACUGUCCGUCUGUCCAGUUUGUCAUGAGGCUGGACGGGGUGGUGGUCCUGAACAAUGAGAAUGGAUUCCGAGAAAAGGACAUUCGUGCUCUCUGUGACGUGGGAAGAAGUACCAAGGGAAAGCACAAGGCAGGGUAUAUUGGUCAGAAAGGCAUCGGAUUUAAGUCCGUUUUCCGAGUGACAGAUGGACCAGAAGUCCACUCUAAUGGUUUUCACAUCAAGUUUGAUGUUCAGUCAGGACCAACGGGGUACAUCCUGCCUCACUGGGUGGAGGAGGACCGGUGGGAGGAAAACGAGGGCUGGACGACAAAGAUUGUGCUCCCCCUGAAGGAAUCCAUGAAGUCCCAAACAACCACCCUGGCAGCCCGAUUCAACGACAUCCAUCCGUCCCUGCUGCUGUUCCUGAACCGUCUGCGACAUAUCACCAUCGAGAACCGAGUGGAGAAUUUUGUACAGGAAAUACACAGGAGAGACCCUGGAGAGAAUGUGGUGGAGAUCACCCAUAGCAACAAGGUGGACCGAUGGCUAGUGGUCAAGAAACGGCUGGAUGCCUCCAAAAUAUCAUUGCAGGCCAAAUCAGGUGUAGAGGUGGAGUCCACAGAGAUUGCCCUGGCUUUUCCGCUCCGACCAGCAGGACAGAAGAAAGACAGCAAGUUUGUUCCGCCAAAGCAACCAGUGUUUGCCUUUCUUCCUCUCAGGAGUUAUGGAUUCCGGUUCAUCAUUCAAGGUGAUUUUGAUGUUCCGUCCAGUCGUGAGGAUGUGGACAGAGACAGUCUGUGGAACCAGUGGCUUCGUAAUGAAAUCCACGUCCUCUUUAUAGAAGCUCUGGAUACAUUCAAAAGUCAUGGAGACUUCACUAACAUGGAGGCUGUGUCUGCCUUCCUGCAGUUUGUUCCUGUUGAGGAUGAAAUCAUUGAUUUCUUCAGACCAGUGGCCAAUCAGAUUCUACAGAAACUUCGAGCCAAGCAGUGCAUCCCUACUCAACCCAACCAAAAAGGCCAGUGUUCAUGGAAAAUUCCAUCCCAGACAGUUAUAGUGAAGGACCCGCGAAUCCUGGAGGUUGUGACCUCUGACCUUCUGAAGGAGACUCUUAAUCUUUUCUAUCUCCACCGUGACGUGGCAUCCAUGUUAAAUUCUACCCUGACCCAAAGUCUGGGUAUAGAAGCUUUGAAUACAGAGCACCUGCUUCUGAUUGGGAAAUCCUUACUGCAGCAGUGGUCAUCCAGCCCUGAAAAUGAAAACAAAGAUAAUGAUAUCCUUGUGACUGCUAAGUGGAUGGCCUGUGUGUACAGAAGUCUGGAUGAGUUUUCAGACAACCAGUCCAUUUACGACAAACUGAAGGCCAUGAAGAUCAUUCCAUUGGCAACUUAUCAGAGACAGUCUACAAACAACAGCACCAUCUUUUUCCCUCUGUCUGAAAACACUGGGUUUAGUUAUAAUGACCCUAUGACAGUGCUACAGCAGGAUUUGAACACAGUCCACCCACUUCUGGUUUCUACUACUGACAAUGAGGUGAACUCGCAGGUCCAGAAGUUGUUACAGAAGAUUGGAGUGUGUCAUCUUUCUCCUCGCGAGGUCAUCUGUCACCACAUCAUUCCUACUCUCCAGUCCGACUCGUGGAAGGAUAAGAAGGAGAAUAUUUUAAUCAGUUAUAUAGUGUACAUAAAGGAACAGACAGACCUUGAUCCAUCACUCAUCAAUAUGGAGGAGCUGGGAAAGUCAGCCAUAUUGAAAACCAACAAAGGUCUACAGAAUCCCUCCCAGGUCCCCGUACAUUUCCCACCAGAUUACAAAAAUGCCAUCAAUCUACAGGCUGAGUUACCAGGAUACGACUGGAUUUUGCUGGAUUCAAUUUAUCUCCAGAACAAACGAAACCCUGUUGAAAUCCAGAAAUGGCGGAUUUUUUUCACCAAGAUUGGAGUGACUGAUUUUGUAGAAGUAAAACAGAUGAGGAUGGAGAUCUCAGCAGAAAACAUUAAUUCAACUCCUUGGGCUCCACUGUGUGAAAUACUUGGUGCCAUUCAAGAGGGAAGUUACAUUGAAGACUGGUCCUCCACAGAGCUGAGAGAACUGAUCCAAAACAAUGGCCAACCAUCCUCAUAUUCCCAGCAGAUGAGAAUCCUCUUUGUCCUUCUGGCAGAGAAGUGGGAUAGACACUUCUCAAAAUACACCUCCACUUGCCUGUACAACAAAUCAGGAGGACGUUGUCAAGAUGUGGAGACAUCCUUCAGCAUACUUCUGAAAACCUCCAGUUGGUUGCCAGGAUUACAGACAUGUGUAAGUGUGCAGAAUGAGAUGAUAUCUGUGACGGAGAAGGUAUUGAUGAUGCAGCCAUCUUGUUUGUAUGCUCCUCUGCAAAAGAUAAUGGACCUAAUGUCACACUCUGUGCUUUAUCUAGGCAUUCAGAUGCCACCUGGAAGUUCAUUUGGACAGUUUUUAGGAAUUAAACAUCAUGUAGGACUUCAGGAUUUAAAGAAAUGCUUGAUCGAGUGGGGCAACAGAGAGUCGGAGCAAAUGCCCAAAAUAUUUGUCACCACUCAAAAACACAUCUUUAAUGUAUAUCACUGGCUUAAUGGCCAACUUCCUCCAGUAGAAACCACGGAACUCUUCCAAAACCACCCAGUCAUCUUUGUGCCAGGUAAACCCUUGCCAGUAAGGAUCGAAUCUGGUUCUGUGAACCUGAGGUCAUUGAACAGUCUAGUAGCUGGUAGAAUGCUAACCAACAAAGAGGUGUGGUGGUCAGAUCCUACUGGAUUGAUAUUGAAGCACAGCAACAUCAUUGAAGAUUACCAUUUAGAGCUAGCUAAGAAUGCUCUUCUUUUUGACACUUAUGGACAAAUGCUUGAUCUCAAAGUAAUGUUUGUGAAUGCUGGGAAAAUCUCCAUAGAACCCAGUAUAUUGGAGUAUUGCGAGUUACUCGUUUUGAUGGGACAAGUUCUCAGUCUGUCUGAUAAAUCAGUCUUAUCCGAUGCUCUACAGUUGUAUGCUACCAUUGGGGGGAAACUAAAACCAGAGGAAUCCCAAGCGAUGCCUUAUCAAACGAAGCAGAAUGUCCUCGAGAUACAGAGAGUAGGACUGAGAAAGAAACUUGAAGGACAGAAGAUUCUUGCCACAACCAACAAUAAAUGGGUGGGGGUGGAGGAGAACCCCAUGAUAGCAGACAACAGGGAACUAGAGAAAAUGUUUGAGAAGAAAGACCACAUCAACUUUGUUAUCAUGGAGGAUAAAACUCCACAGCCCAGACGUGGAGGAAAAGCAGUUUUAGACCGAAACUUGGGAGAAAAACUUUUGCCAUUCUAUGAACUCUGUUCUGUGAAGAAGCUAUCAGAAUGUGUAGAUGUUCGGGAAAUUUCUGAGAUGUUUGAGCCCUGCCCAGACCUGCAGUUAUACAUGCAUGUAACAGUGCCUUUGUUACAGAGAUACAUCUAUAAGUUUCAGCCUGACAAUUACCAGGACCUUCAGAACCAGAACUUCCCACAGCGACUGGCAUCAUUGCAGUUCUUCAAGGUAAGAACCCUGGAGGUGAAGUAUUCAUUAAAACACAGCCCUGAUGUCAUUGUCCUGAGGAAGGAGAAAUGUGUGCAGAAGGACAAUGCUUUUUAUUUCCAUCGAGAACACACGGAGUCUUAUCCAGACAUUAACAAAGAAAUUGCCAAAUUCUUCUCCAACUCAGACGACAGGUGCUCCAAAGAUCUGAGGGCUUUUCUGAAUGAUCUAAUCACACCAAUUACCAAGGAACCACAUACUCUAGAGGAUGUGAUGGAACAGAAUGACUGCUACCCGCUUCCACCGAGUGAACCAGUCUGGUUUGUCCCUCAACCAAUUUUACCAACUUACCAAAGGCCAGUUGAACCAGAAAUUGAAUCAUGGCCUGAGGAACCAGAUUCAGGGGGAAUGAGAACAGCAAACCAGACAGAGGAAGGAAGUCAGGGACUAAAAGCAUGGCCACCAAUGUCGAACACCCAGGGGGCAGCUCAAAACAAAGUUCGAAAGGAGAGAGAAGAAAAAGUUGCUGAUUCUAAAGUUUGGCCUCCACCCAAAGCCCCAGAUUACAUGAAGAGUGUGAAGGAACUGCCCAGUCAGUUUAAGGUCACAGAUGAAAGGAAGCCCCCUGGUGGUGAGGAAAGUUCUGAGGCAAGCAAGGGAGAUCACUCCUCAGGAGGAAGAGGAGGGAUCACUGUACAUGAGAGGACUGAGGGACAGCCCUACAACAGACAGGAGAGUAAUGAGGAGGGCCCAGGAGCUGUGUAUGGGAGGCAGGACAGUGAAGGAAAAGGCACAAAAAGAAAGAUAUUGGAAAAUGAGACAGAGUCUUCAGGAGAGAAUAAAAGAUCUGUCUCACGGGAGGAGAGAGAGGGAGGACAGGAGGCUGCAGGUGUCAAAACAGAAGGAGCCCACCACUCAGCAGUGCCAUCUAGUGGUGAUGACAUAACAAGGGAAAGGGGAACUCAUACAAAAGAGUCUUUUACAAAUAGUGAAGAGAAGGGUCAUUGGCAGGGAGAUCAGGAACAUCAUAUUAAGCCAAGUGGAAAACGGAGGCAUCCAACUGAUAACAGCCAGGGGCCGCCCCGCAUCCCAGAGUCCAAGAAAAUCCUGAUGGAUCAUCCAGCUUGGACGGGGUUGGCGAGUGAUUACACUUAUGAAGAGUUAGGACAAGGUUCCAAUCUCAAGGCUGUACCAGACAUAUCUCUAGACCUUGACCAGGACGAGUCAAACUUACAAGAAAUAGGUCGUUGGGGUGAACACCUUGUCCACCAGUAUCUCUUACGCCAGCAGGAGGUGGAUCCGAGUAUUAUUGAAAUCAAGUGGUGUAACAAAGAGAAUGAGCAAGGAACGCCAUAUGACUUUGAAUUAUCUCAUAGGAGAGACACUGAAGUGAUCAAAACCUUUAUUGAGGUCAAGGCUACCUUGACUGAUGACAAAGACGUGUUUGAGAUUUCCUCCCAACAGAUUCAGUUUGCGCAGCAGCACCGCGAAAACUUUCAGAUCUACCGUGUGUUUAAUGCCGGUGACCUGGAACGAGUGCGAUUAGUCAGGAUUGACAACCUGUGUCUGAGGCUGGACCAAAAGCAGGUCCGGUUAUGGAUGAUGAUUUAAUUAAAACUGGGAGAGUGGUCAGUGAGGAAUUGGAGAAUGGUCAGUUGGAUAUGAGAGAGUGGUCAGUGAGGAAGUGGAGGAGUGUGGUUGUAGUUGAGCUACAAUACAGAACCUAUUCAAUAACUGAAAGUAUUCACCAUUGGAAAUCUACCACAAAUUAUACUAUGUUGGAUCCCAGGUUUUAAAUUUACAAUUGUAUCAUGUUCUUGAUUAUAUUUAAGAAUGCAGCAAGAAACAGAUUUAGCAAAUGCCUCUGGGAGGACUAAAACUGCUGUGCCAUAUAAUUUAUUUAGUUUUUUCCUAUGGAAUUCUUUUUAUUUGCUUUGUUUUAAUGAGGCUUUUAGUAUAAUCAUUCAUUGAUGUUUAUCAACAACUGUGGUUUCAUCAAAUUUCAUGGAUACUGUUCCAUAAAUUUAUUUCAUAGGUACUGUUUUGUAAUUUUUUUUUUUACUUCAAUGGUACUGUUUUGUAAAGGUACUGUUGUGUAAAUAGGUUAUUUCAUGGAAUUCUACUUGAUUUUCUUCCAUAAAGAGCAAAGUUUGUGUUUUUUGUGGACUGCAUGGCCACAAACAUGAAAAAAAAAGAACUAAAAUUUGUAUCUAGCAAAAAAUGUUGAAACCGCAGUAUUUUUCCACGUAAUACUUUAAUCAUAAUUGAUUUUUUUUUUUUACAGUUUAGUAUUUUAGUAAUUUUUUAAAUUGCUUUUUAGUUCACUUGAGUCAGAGGCACAAGUGAGUUUCUCUGAUUGAAAUUUGUCCAUUUUCUGUCAUCAUUCUCGUUAUAAACUUUUCACAUUUCAUUUCCUUUUCUAGAACCACAUGGCCAAUUUCAACCAAACUUGGCACAAAGUAAUCUUUGGUAAAGGGGUUUCAAGUUCGUUCCAAUGAUGUGCCAUUGCCCUAAUCCAAGGGAAAAUAGUCUGACUCAAGAAAAAGCAAAAAUAGAGUGGAGUCAUUUAAAAAUCUUAUUAAGAACCAUUGGGCUAGGAAAAAAUAAAAAUACUUAUUUGAAGUUUCAAGUUUGUACAAUUCAUGCCCCCCAGGGGUAGGUUGGGGCAACAAUAGGGGAUUGAAGGUUUACAUGGGGAUAUAUAGGUAAAUCUUUCAAAAUCUUCUCAAGAAUAGAAGGGCCAUGAUUAGUCAUAUUAGUAUGCAAGCAUCCUCAGGAAGUAUAGAUUCAAAUGUCUUCCAAUCAUGGCUGCAAAGGGUAGGUGGGGUCACAAUAGGAAAACAAUUUUUUAUAGGGGUAUAUAUAGGGGUAGCACUUUAAAAACUCUUUUUCUCAAAAGCAACACUGCCAUGAUUAGUCAUAUUAAUAUGCAAGUAUCAUCGACAAAUAGUGCAGAUUCAGAUUUAUUCAAUUUGUGACUCCCAGGGGUAGGAUUGGGCCUCAAUUAGGGGUCAAAGUUUCAUGGGAUAAUAUAGUAAAAGGUCUUAUAACAGUCUUCUUCUCAUGAACAGCCAGGCCAUGAUUACUCAUGCUGACAGACAAACAUCCCCAGGUAGUGCAUAUUCAAGUUGACUGAAGCCAUGGUCCCUGGUUUAGAUGGGGCCACAAAAAGUGGUAACAUUAAAACAAAUAUUAUUCCCAAGACCAACAGGACUAUAAUUAGUCAUCCUGAUAUAAAAACAUCAGGUAGUGGAGAUUCAAGUUGAUUUAAAUCAUGGCCUUGGGGAUGAGGGGUGAGAGAUUUAUAAAGUUAUGAUGUUUAUAUUCUCUUUGGUAUUGAGCAGAUAUCGACUUUUCUUUGUGGUCAGCAACAUGCUCAGGUGAGCGAUGUGGUACAUGGGCCUCGAUCUUGUUCAUUUUUGUUUUUACGCACAAAGAAAUUGCCAUAUGAGACCUUUGAUUGAUCAGCUAUAUGGGGUCUGCAUAAGAUUUCUACAGCAUGGUCUGUCUAAGGACAGUAGUUGUCUCGUUUUGAUAAACUAAAAUAUUCAUUGUCUUUCAGUUAUAUUGUUAACAUUACAUUAUAUGUAUUGAUUUGUUGAGAUAACUUUUCAUAUAUUUUUUUAUAGUAUUUGUAGCUUAUUAAAGGCAGACCAAAACAUGUAUGCAAGAAUAGAUUUUCUUGCUUGUUUGUUUUUUCUCUGCAUUGCCAUUUUAUGUUGACAUUGCAAGUAACUGAUAAAUCACUAGGGACCACAAUUUUUCCCCACCCAUCACUUCUGUUUAGUGACAUACUAUUGCCCAUCAACAGUAUUGUUGUUAGCUGUAGUUCCAAUUUGAUGCAGCAUAUGGGAGUAGUGAACAUGUACAUGCAGAAUGAAAAAUGAAAACCUCAUUCGUUUUAUGUAAUUAUUAUUUACACACACAGGUUUAUACUCCAAGGCAAUAUAUGUCUCCAUCUUUAGGGUCAUACGCACCGUUUCUGACAUUCUUUUCUAAAAUUAUUUUUUCAUCUCCUUGAUAUGAAGAGUUCUUUAAAUAUAUGAUUUCUGAAAUAAGUUUAAGUUUUAUAUUGUAGUGAUAUUACCACACUUUGUAUAAAUGGCCUGGUAAGCUCAGUGGUUUAGACCACCUAACUAGUAAUGCAAAUGUCCGGGGUUCAAACCACGAAUGAUCCAAAGAUUUUUCGCCCAUUCUUUUCUACAAUUACAGUGUACUUAGUCGAUGUUCAGAGAAACAAACUUUUAUAAUACUAUAAGAGCUGAUUUUACAUUUUUACUUGCCACAACCAGGAACUAGCAAAAUAUGCAAACUUUGAAAUAAGCCUGGUAAUAUUCCCCAAGUUUUUUGUACAAACAAGAUAGAAUGCAAGUGAAUUGUACUUGAAAUGUUACAGAAAAUUAUUUAUUAUUGAGAAACAUUGUUACAGUAUAUGUCCUUAACACCAUUGGUUAGUCUUGUCAUCCACUUAUUUUGUGGUUAGUCUUGCUUUUAUUAUGUUGUGCUUGUUAGUGCAAUAUUAAUUAGAUCACUGUUUGUUGUGAUAUUUGUUUGUUUUUAGUACUAUUUAUUCAUAAUAAACAUUGUUACAAGAU